AUGUCUUCGAUAGAAAAACACAAACACCAGGGCGAUGACGACGCCCAACUUGCGGCCAUGGGCCACAAGGCCGAAUUGGAUCGCAAUUUUUCCAUGCUAUCGAUGUUGGGGCUGGCGUUUGCGAUUUUGAAUUCGUGGACGGCUCUUUCAGCAAGUCUUUCGCUGAGUCUUCCCUCCGGAGGAAGUGUGAGCGUUGUCUGGGGUCUGAUCACGGCGGGGAUCUGUAACCUCUGCAUAGCGGCUUCGCUUGCUGAGUUUCUGUCUGCGUAUCCUACGGCUGGUGGGCAGUAUCAUUGGGUUGCAGUUAGUGAGUUGUCCCAUAUUAUUGCAAUUAUGAACAGGGCUAACAAGUUGGAAGUUUCCUGGGAGAGAUGGACGCCGAUUCUCUCUUGGAUUACUGGCUGGGUGAAUGUUUCUGGCUGGGUCGCUCUCGUUGCUACGGGUGGACUCUUGGGCAGUCAGUUGAUCCUGGGUGUCAUUUCCUUGAUGAAUCCGGAAUAUGAGGCGCAGCGUUGGCAUCAGUUCCUCAUCUACAUUGCUUAUAAUAUUGCUGCGUUUAUUAUCAAUGCCUUGAUGAACUCUGUUCUUCCCUGGGUUACUAAGAGUGCCUUCAUCUGGUCUCUCACUGGUUUUGCGGUCAUCUGUAUUACGGUGCUGGCAUGCGCAUCGCCAAACUACAGCUCGGGAAAAUUCGUGUUUACGGAUUUUAUCAAUGAGACAGGCUGGCCUGAUGGGGUUGCCUGGCUGCUAGGAUUGCUUCAAGGUGGACUCGGCGUUACAGGAUUUGACGGUGUCGCACAUAUGAUUGAAGAAAUCCCCAAUGCUUCGGUCGUCGGCCCGAAGAUCAUGAUUGGCUGCGUUGGUAUUGGAACUGUGACUGGUACCAUCUUCCUGAUUGUGUUGCUCUUUGUUGCUGGCAACAUCGACGACGUGAUCAGUUCGGCUGCUGGCCCUCUCCUGCAGAUCCUCAAGAAUGCAACCAACAGCAAUGCCGGAGCCAUCUGCCUGCUCAUGUUCCCCCUUGUCUGCAUGCUUUUCGCAACCAUUUCCAUCAUGACCACCAGCAGCCGUAUGAUUUUCGCUUUUGCAAGAGAUGGAGGUCUUCCGGCAUCUCCCUUCUUCAGCAAAGUGCACCCUAAGCUGAAGGUUCCCCUCAACGCUUUGUAUUUGAAUCUGGCACUAGUUGUCAUCUUUGGAUGUAUCUUCCUUGGCUCUACCAGUGCUUUUAACGCCAUUGUCUCCGCUUCCGUGGUACUGCUUGAUAUCGCAUAUGGUAUGCCAAUUGCAGUCAACUGCAUGCGCGGACGUAACAUGCUCCCCGAGCGCCCAUUUGUGCUUCCUAAUCUUGUUGGCUGGAUUGCCAAUGCGAUCUCCCUUGCCUACAUUGCAGUCACCACUGUGCUCUUCCUGUUCCCCCCUGAGCUCCCCGUAUCAGGCAGCAACAUGAACUACUGCGUCGCUGCCUUCGGCAUCAUCAUCGUUAUCUCCACUAUUCAGUGGUUCGUUGACGGUCGGAAGAACUUCACUGGACCACGAACGGAUAUGGACAUCUUGACAGGACAACUCCCUGCUGGCCAUUACCCUGUCGACAACAGUAAUGCUGCGCAUGAAGAAUCUCGUGAAAAGUAG